CGUAACGUUCCUAAAAGAAGAUGGCGGAAUUUGAGAGAAGUGAGAGCGCUUGUGUUGAAAGUAUGAGGAAAAAAUCGGAAAGCGAAAAUAAACCCACUUUAAACCAAGAUGAAGACAGCGAAAGUGCCGAAGAACAACCAUUGGAUAUUGGGGAACACUACUUAGUGCGAAGAUCUGACGAUUCAUGGCACCCUGCCGAGAUUAUACAGUCAAGAUACAACGAUCUAGAGCGCCAAUACGAGUAUUACGUUCAUUAUGAAGGAUAUAACAGACGACUGGACGAAUGGGUUCCAAGAGGCAGAAUCAUGUCUUCACGUUUUAACAUGACUGAAAGCGGCCAAAAGGGGGCGGUAGACAUGAAAGUUUGGAAAGACAGACCAGUAAUAACAGAUUUACUUGGAGAUAACUCUGAUAGGAAGAUCACCAGGAACCAGAAAAGGAGACAUGAUGAAAUCAAUCACAUACAAAAAACCUAUGCAGAAAUGGAUCCUACAACUGCAGCUUUGGAGAAGGAACAUGAACAAAUAACAAAAGUUAAAUACAUAGAUAAGAUACAGAUUGGCAGGUUUGAAAUAGAUACUUGGUAUUUUAGUCCCUAUCCUGAAGAAUAUGGUCGACAAAGCAAGUUAUGGAUAUGUGAAUACUGUUUGAAAUACAUGAGAUUGGAGAAAAGUUAUAGGUAUCACAUGAGUGAAUGUACCCAAAGACAACCAGUUGGUAAAGAAAUCUACCGUAAGGGCACCCUAUCUGUAUAUGAGGUUGAUGGAAAAGAUCACAAAGUAUACUGUCAGAACCUGUGCCUUUUGGCAAAACUAUUUUUAGACCACAAGACUUUGUAUUUUGAUGUGGAGCCAUUUCUGUUCUACAUUCUUUGCGAAGUUGAUAAGCAAGGAGCUCAUAUUGUUGGAUAUUUCUCAAAGGAAAAAGAAUCUCCAGACGGCAACAAUGUAGCAUGCAUCUUAACCUUACCACCUUAUCAACGUCAAGGAUAUGGAAAACUGCUGAUUGCCUUCAGCUAUGAAUUAUCUAGGCUAGAAGGAACUGUUGGCAGUCCUGAGCAGCCUUUGAGUGACCUUGGAAAGCUCAGCUACCGCAGCUACUGGAGCUGGGUACUUUUGGAAAUUCUUAGGGACUUCAGAGGGACUUUAUCAAUCAAAGACUUGAGUCAAAUGACCAGUAUUACUCAAACUGACAUCAUUUCCACGCUACAAAGCAUGAAUAUGGUAAAGUAUUGGAAGGGGCAACAUGUGAUUUGCGUCACCCCAAAGCUAGUUGACGAACACAUAAAAUCAAGUCAGUACAAACGGCCUAGGCUAGUGGUGGACAGCAGUGCAUUGAGAUGGACACCAAGAAGACAUGCCACCAAUAAACUGGGAAAGAAAUAACAUCAAUUUACAAUUGCUCUUAGGUUUUGUCGUUUGUGAUUUCCUAUAUAAGUAUUAAUAGAUGUAUAUUCUAAGUUGG